AUGACGUCAAAUCCUACGUGUCUCGAUGCCCAAUCAGAUUUGAGCUCAUGUUUGGGAGCUUUCUAUGGCACGGCUAAAGUACACAAGUUWAAAGAAGGAGAAGGACUUGAGGAACUCACCCUACGACCUAUCGGUACAGCUACAUAUCAUCUAGCCAAACACCUUGCUAAAUUAUUGUCUCCUCUGGCUACAUCUGAGUUCACAAUCCAGAACACCAAAGAAUUCGUCACAAAGAUUCGAUCUGAAACUUUGCCAAGCGAUCACGAAUUGAUAUCGUUUGAUGUUGUUAGUUUAUUCACGAAUGUCCUACUUGAUCGCACAAUGGAUAUCAUACGAACACGUAUCUAUGAUGACAAAGAGAUCCAUACCAACUUGUCCAGUUUAGAACUUCAACAAYUGCUCACCCUAUGCACAAAACAAGUCCCGUUUUCAUUUAAUGACGAAAUCUACAUCCAAWAUGACGGAGUCGCAAUGGGAUCCCCCCUCGGACCUGUAAUAGCCAACAUCUUCAUGGUACAGUUGGAACGUGAGACUAUCCCGAAACUGACUGGAACUUUAUCACGAUGA